ACCCGACGUCCACUGAAACUUAGCCGGUGAUGCAGGGACGACUCGAUCGAGCGAGCUCACCACCGGUCAGUAGUCACACUACUCACUACUAGUAUUCGGCGAUGUGUUAUAUGCCAAGCAACCGGUGCGACCGGUCGGAAUGGCGACACCUCAAUCAAUCGAUCGAUCAAAAGACUAAGCAGCCAGCGCCGUCGCUGUGCUGUGCAGUCCCGUCCGUUGCAACUGGCCGGCCGACUGACGUCAGUCAGGCGCCUCGUGCCGACCUGAGGGAGGCCGUCGUGUCUUCAGAAACCCGUGGCACGUCUCUCACCAUCGCCAUUAUAAAGCACAAGCAGCCUUCUCUUCCCUCCCGCGCCCACCUCAAAGUUUUUUCUUCUUCCAACCAUCGGCACCCAGCUCAACUUCAGAAUCCAAGCUCCGCCGCCACUGCCCGUCGGGUAGUGGCUGCAGCUAGCUCGCUCGUGCCGAUGGCGAGGGGGGCAAGGUCGAGGAGGGCGCCGGCGGGGGAGGAGGAGGCAGAGAAGGAGUACGAGGUGGACGUGGAGCCCGACCGGUGGAAGUCGUCGUCGUCGUCGCGGAGCAGCCGGCUCGAGCUCAUGGGCCGCCUCCCCCCGCUGCGCCGCCACAGCCGCAUCCCGGGAGCCGACGGCGACGGGGAGGGCGGGCUCCUCCGCGGCCUCGUCAUCCACCCCGACAACAAGUUGUACCGGUUAUGGACUAGGUUCAUAGUGGGUUGGGCAGUGUACAGUUCCUUCGUUACACCCUUCGAAUUUGGAUUCUUCAGGGGGCUCCCUAGGAAGUUGUUCUUCUUGGACAUAGUUGGUCAGGUUGCCUUCCUUAUUGAUAUUGUCCUCAAGUUUCUUGUGGCCUACCGUGACCCUGACACAUACCGCAUCGUAUACAAUCCAACCUCUAUUGCCCUCCGGUAUUGCAAGUCAAGCUUCAUUUUCGAUCUCCUUGGUUGCUUCCCAUGGGAUGCCAUCUAUAAGGCUUCUGGACGUAAAGAAGAACUAAGAUACCUACUGUGGAUUCGCUUAACACGAGUGUUGAAGGUCAGAGAAUUCUUCACGGAUUUGGAAAAGGACAUCCGUGUGAAUUACCUGUUCACAAGAAUAGUGAAACUCAUACUUGUGGAGCUCUAUUGUACACACACAGCAGCUUGUAUCUUCUAUUACCUGGCAACAACGCUUCCUGAAUCAGUGGAGGGAUAUACGUGGAUCGGGAGUUUGCAGCUAGGAGACUAUAGCUAUUCCCAUUUCAGGGAGAUCGAUCUUGCCACGCGUUAUGUUACAUCAAUGUACUUUGCCAUUGUCACCAUGGCAACUGUUGGUUACGGUGACAUUCAUGCUGUAAAUGUUAGGGAAAUGAUAUUUGUCAUGAUAUAUGUUUCCUUUGAUAUGGUUCUUGGAGCUUACCUCAUCGGUAACAUGACAGCAAUGAUUGUGAAAGGCUCGGCAACCGAGCGAUUCAGGGAUAAAAUGAAAGAAGUUAUCAGGUAUAUGAACAGAAAUAGACUUGGAAAGGACAUCAGAGAACAGAUCAAGGGGCAUUUGAGGUUGCAGUAUGAGAGCAGCUGCACUGAAGCCUCUGUACUUCGGGAUAUUCCUGUUUCUAUUCGUGCAAAGAUUUCUCAAACACUGUACAUGCCAUACAUUGAAAGGACUCCAUUGUUCAAAGGAUGUUCAGAAGAAUUCCUUCAACAGAUUGUGAUUAGGCUGCAAGAAGAGUUCUUCUUACCAGAAGAAGUUAUUCUGGAGCAAGGGAGUGCGGUUGACCAGCUAUACUUCGUCUGUCAGGGUGCACUGGAAGGUGUUGGCAUUGGAGAAGAUGGUCAAGAGACUAUUCUAAUGUUGGAGCAAGGGAAUUCUUUUGGAGAAAUUGCUAUUCUCUGUAACAUUCCACAGCCCUACACUGUUCGCGUUUGCGAACUUUGCAGGCUCUUACGGUUGGAUAAAGAGUCGUUCGCACACAUAUUGGAGAUUUAUUUUGCUGAUGGAAGAAAACUUUUGAGCAAUCUUACCGAGAGCAAUGAAUAUGGUAAACGCGUUAAACACGUAGAAUCAGAUAUCACAUUCCACAUAGGGAAGCAAGAGGAAGAGCUGACCUUAAGAGUAAAUAAUGCCGCUUUUUAUGGUGACCUUCAUCAGUUGACUGGCUUAAUCCGAGCUGGAGCCAAUCCAAAGAACAGUGAUUACGAUGGGCGAUCUCCUUUGCAUCUAGCAGCUUGCAGAGGGUAUGAAGAUGUUGUGCGAUUCCUUAUCCAUGAAGGGGCUGAUAUCAAUCUAACUGAUAAAUUUGGGAACACACCCUUACUGGAGGCAGUGAGGCAGGGGCAUGGUAGAGUGGCGUCAAUACUCUUCAGCAAAGGAGCCAAGCUGAACCUAGAGAAUGCCGGUAGCCAUCUCUGCAUAGCAGUAUCAAAGGGAGACUCUGAUUUCAUUCAAGGGGCUCUAGCUUAUGGUGCCGAUCCAAACUCAAAAGACUACGACCAUCGCAAUCCUCUCCACAUAGCCGCUGCAGAGGGCUUGUAUAUUAUGGCGAAGUUGCUGGUAGACGCUGGUGCAAGUGUGUUUGCAAUGGACAGACGCGGUACUACUCCUCUGGACGAAGGGCACAAGUCUGGGAGUAAGCCCCUUAUAAUGCUUCUGGAACAAGCGAAAGCCGACGAGCUCUCCAAGUUCCCCACACGAGGCGAAGAAGUGAGAGAUAAGAUGCAUACAGGACGAUGCUCCGUGUUCCCUUACCAUCCAUGGAAUACUGAUGCCAAGCGAAAAGAGGGGGUGAUGCUGUGGAUUCCUCGCACUAUCAAUGAACUCAUCAGGUCAGCCCAGGAGAAGCUUGGUUUAUCCAGCUCAUGCCGACGCUUGCUCUGUCAGGAUGGCGCGGCGGUCCAGGAUGUGGACAUGAUCAAUGACGGGCAGAAGAUCUAUCUGGUUGGAGACAAGGACACCGGUCAUAGCAAGUAGAAGGUGCACCAAGCGUUGAAAUAGGAUAAUCAUAUUGUUGCAGGAAAUUUUGUUUUUUUCUUUUCUUUUUCAGUCAGGUAUUUCUGAAAGAGUAGCCUAUCCCCCCCCCCCCUGGUUGCGCGCACACACACCUUUCUGGUAUGCAGGCUGAAUGUCGUACCAAUGUACAUAGAUAUAAGCAAGAGAACGACCAAACAUGACGGAACCGAUUAUCGAUGUUGUACAAAUUAUAGUAGAAUGGUAAUAAGAUGUGGAGCUGAAAUGGAGUGUGAA